GCGGUGGCCGGGCGAAGCGGCUGCUCCGGGGAGUCUGAUUUCCAGCCCUGUUUAUUAAUAACCCCCCCCCGCCCCAUGCUGAGCCCAUGUGCAGCGCCGAGCCGGAGGCGCUGGGCUCCGGGGGAGGAAGGGACCUGAUGGCAGAGCCUGAGCCCGCUCCAGAGCUGCAGCUGGAUGAAGCUGGAGCAUCCUCCGCCCCGCCGGCAGCGGCUGCAGGUGCUGCUCCGCACCCGGACCUUUCGCGCAGCCCGUCAGACCCAGCGGGGGGUGCGGGGGUGACACCCCUGCACCGGGACAGCCCGGACGCCUGCCGGGAGCUGCAGCCAGACGGCGGGGACGCUUCCUUGGAGCUAAACAUGCCAGGGCCCCAGCUGGGCGAGGAUGCGGCCAGGGCUGAGAUCCCGCUGGAUGUGGAUGGGGCAGGAAUCCCACUGGACGGGGAUGCAGAUGGAGUAGGGAUCCCACUGGAUGUGGAUGGGGCAGGAAUCCCACUGGAUGGGGAUGCAGAUGGAGUAGGGAUCCCACUGGAUGUGGAUGGGGCAGGAAUACCCCUGGGCAUAGAUCCAGGUGGGACGGGGAUCCUGCUGGACAUGGAUGAUGCAGAUGGAGUAGGGAUCCCGCUGGACAUGGACACAGACGGGGCAGGGAUCCCAGCCGACGUGGAUGCAGACGGGGCAGGAAUCCCUCUGGAUAUGGAUGCAGAGGGGGCAGGCAGCCCCCUGGACGCGGAUGGUGCAGAGCAUCAGUGCCUGACCCUCGAAGAGCUGGGGGACUACUUCCAAGAAUGCAUCGAAGCCGUUGAGCAGCUGGAGAAAGAGAGAGACAGCCUGAUCGCGGAGCUCUCCCAGCUGCGGGAGCCGGCGCUGCAGGAGAUCCGCCAUGCCCAUGAGGAGAUCCAGGCAGCUUGCCGGCUGCUGGCCAAAGUGGAGCUGGAGAGGGACAACCUGAAGGAUGAGAUCCGGCAGAUCAAGCAGAAGCUGUUCAAGGUGACGAAGGAGUGCGUGGCUUGCCAAUACCAGCUGGAAAGCCGGCGGCACGACCUCUCCCAGCACGCUGCUUACCAGGGCGAGCUGGAGACCCAGGCUGGGCAACUCUCCGGAGAGCUAUCCCAGCUGAAGGAGACCUGCGAGAAGGAAAAGGAGGUUUUGAGGCAGCGGCUGGAGGCUCCACCGUGUCGGCAGGAUAACCUGUACCUGCAGGAGAGCCGCCGGCUCUCCAUGGAGUUCGAGAGCUUCGUGGCGGAGAGCCGGCGGGGUCUGGAGGAGCACUACGAGCCCCAGCUGCUGCGGCUGCUGGAGAGACGGGAGGCGGGGGCGAAGGCGCUGCAGGAGAUGCAGGGGGAGAUCCAGGGGAUGAAGGAAGCCCUGCGGCCCUUGCAGGGGGAGGUCAGCCGGCUGCGGCUGCAGAACCGCAGCCUGGAGGAGCAGAUCGUCCUCGUCAAGCAGAAGCGGGAUGAAGAGGUUGGGCAGUACCGGGAACAGGUCGAGGAGCUGGAAGACAGGCUGAAGGAGCUGAAGAACGGGGUCCAGCUCCAGCAGCGCAAGAAUCAGGAGCUGGAGGAGCUGAGGACCAGCCUCCACCGGGAGCUCUCCAUCUACAAGGGCUGCUUAGAAAUCUACGGCCACCUUUGCAAAUCGGAAGAAAAAGCAGAGGAGGAGUGUUAGGGACGAUGGACUUUUCCUCUUCGUAGCAAGAGGACAGAGGCACCUCCAGGGGACGUCGCUCUUGCUGCUGACCCUCCCCGAUGCACAGCAGCUGCCCGAAGCCAGGAACACCCAGUGUUUGCUUGUAUUUCUCAAGGCGCUGCCGUCGGUCUUGUAAUAAAACUGCUUUUCCACAGGGGAGCAGAGAAAAUAAUACUUGCACUGAAAAAUGGACAUAUACGAAGAAUGUUUUGAUGUAUGUUUUGCUGUGUUUGGAAAAAAAGUAUCUUGUCUUGUCCCAUAGGUGGAUUGUGUAAGCCUGCACUGAAAGUAUUGUUCUGGAAGCCAGUGUUAGGGGGUUUGAUUUUCAAAGUUUACAUGCAAGAGAAGCUUUAUCCUUUUAACAGGAUUUUCUUUUGUAUUUCAAGGGUCUCUGCUGUAUUGUGACAUGCUCCACCGCGGGCCACAGAAACUAGCUGUUUGUGGAUAAUAGGUUUCCACUUUAUAUAAAGUCUCACACUGAAAAUAAAGGUUGAAGUUUAA